UCAGUAUGUGUUUUUAGGUUAUGUUUUCACUAGCCAGACUUUUAAAAGAAAAGAAAACGUUGUUAUUUACGAUUUUAUGAAGAAGUAUGUAAAAUUUAGAACGUCUACUAAUACAAUAACUUAGUUUGCAUAAGUGUAAAAAUUUCUUUGGUGCAUAAUGGAGUUCUUUGAAAAAGCGCACGUAGUAAAGGACGCAUCGAAAGAAAAGAAGUCUGAAGUCAUAAAAAAGCAGUUUAAACAAAUGUUGUAUGGUUAUAAGAAUAGCAACAAUCAAAUGAUUAAAGACUCCGUUAAUGUUAAUACCGAUUUUGAUGAUUCUUCGUCUGUUAGUGGAUUUUCUGACCUCAAUAUUACCAACUCCAGUGAUGAAGAAGAACUCGGUCAGAGUAACAAUAACACGGAGGAAAUGGACGACAAGCCAUCUGCAGAUUACGAUAAUACUAUAGGUAGUUAUGACAGAAAAUCCUCCUCAGAAAGUGGCAGUUCAACUGAUUCUAUUAUAAAAGAAUUCAAUGAUGCUCAAGACGAUUCCAACUCUGUUUUAAGUGAAGCCGAAGCCUCCCUCGGCAGCUAUGUAGACACUUCAUCAGAAUGCUCCGAAUCUUUUGACCCCAAUGGUGAACUGGCGGAAAAGAUUCUUUCCCGAUUAAAUAGAAAGGAAAUGAAAAGAAAACAUCAAAUAAGAGAUGAUUUUAACACUGCAUCUGAAGUAGAAAGUGUAAGCGAUUUAUCAAACACCAAGAAAAAGAGAAUAAUUGGAGAAAACAGGAUGUCAAACUUUGAUAGACAGAUAUUACAAGAUAUUGAGGAGGAGGCUGAAAAUUCAGACAGUGCAGAUGAUGUUUCUGCAAAUGAAUGUACUUCACCACCAUUUAUUUCAAUAUUAGCAGCUGACAUGCCUUGCCAAAGCUUUGAUGAAGUUGUAGGUGACUACAAACAUUCCACUAACAAGAACUUGUCACUAGAGACUGGGGAAACAGUUUCAGCCCCCACAGAUAUAUUUACAGAAGAAAACAUGGAUGUAGUAGUACACACAGAGGAAGAUGCUAGUAGCUUAGUGCCCGAGUUGGAUGAGGAACUCACCGUUGAUGACAUAGUUGACCUAGAAUCAUCAGAACUGUGUGAUGAUAGUAUAAAUAUAUUAGAAACCACUAUGGAAUCACCACAACACAACAUAGAACAAAACACAGAUGAAGAACUCCUGAAGAAUCUAAAUAUUUUCUACACAUCUAAUAAAUGUGUCAUUGUAUUGAAACAUCCAAUGGAGUUGUAUGUACAGGGGAAAGUGAGGAUACAAGCUUUAGGCGGGAAAGUUGAAGUGUUUGGUUACACUUUACAAGAUAAAACUUAUAAUUUAUAUGCACCAUACUACAGUUACGCUCAAACUAUAAAGACUGUAGCCAAUGAAAACUGUUACUAUGGUUUAUUCGGUAAAUUAACUAAGUCUGGCCUGACUGUCGCCGAAGCUGAGAAUAUAGUCACUAAUCUAGGCACUAAUGAUGCAGUGAUCUGCUUGGAACAGUUACAAAGUCAAAGUGAAAACUUUGUUGAGACUAACUUUACAUUGUCAAAUCUUUUUGUGAAACCAUUCAAACAUAAUGAUCAGUAUCUGAAUGAGGCAUCUGAUAAGAUGGGCUGCACCAUUUAUGCACUGAGGCCACGAAAAUAUUUUGUGGAGAACCCUAUUUGGUCCCAGAGUCAACAACUUGCUUUAAAGACCUGUAGUCGAGGUGUUGUUUGUGGUGGCAAGGGUGUUGGAAAGUCGACUUACCUCCGUUACCAAGUGAACAAACUGCUGGAUAAAGGACCUGUGCUGGUUAUUGACUUAGACCCGGGACAAUGUGAGUUCACCGUGGCCGGGAAUUUGUCUGCUACUGUGGUCAAUAAACCUCUGCUGGGUCCAAACUUCACACAUUUGAAGAAACCAGAAUUCAUGUUGAAUAUAGGCAUAAUUAACACUAUGGACAAUUUGAGGAGGUACAUAUGUGCAGUACAACGUCUUGUAUUCUUCUGCAAUAGCAGGGACGACUUCAAAAGUAUGCCAUGGCUCAUAAACACCAUGGGUAUGACAAACGCCUUAGGCAUGAAACUAAUGGUACUCAUCAUAAUGAUGGUCAAACCAACCUACCUAGUCCAGUACAAUUCAAAAGCAGUAAAAAAGUGUUUCGACCAGUAUUUGAAUAUGGAAACAGUUAAAUGGUAUUUCCAAGAUAAUAAAAGAGAUUUUAUAUUCAAAUAUCAGAGUUUUCCAGAAGAUUUGGACUAUGCAUUCAUAUUGGUUGAGGAAUCCUCAAGACAAGGAAAGAGCAGCUACUCUCUGACACCAAAAGAUGAGAGGUUCCUGAAUUAUUUGGCGUAUUUCAGUGAAUUGGUCAACUUGUACAAAACUGAAAAUGUCUUAUCAAUAACACCAUACAAAGUCAGUCUGUCCAAGAUGGCUGUAGGAUCCAAUGUGAAAAUUAAAAGGGAGAACAUUCUGAAGGUGAUUAAUGGAAAAGUUGUGGCAUUGUGUGCCCAAGCGCAGGCUGAUAACUCCAGAGUGUUUAUUUUGUCUGAUAAACCUUUGGUGUGUCACGGCAAUGGUCUCGUAAGAGGAGUGGACGUGGAAAAGGAGCUAAUGUACAUAGUGACACCAGUACCGAGGGACCAGCUCAGUUCCAUCAAUUGCUUCGUGUAUGCCGACUGGUCACCUGACAUUGGAGUUUUUGAGAACUUCCUGCCGAUUGGUACUGCUGUCCCCUACUGUACAAAGGCACAUGAGGAGCAUAGACACCUGAUGAUGACCCCGAGGAGAAGGUUCAACCCACUACAGCUGUUGAAUGUGACAAGGAGUUCCUAAAUAGAAAGCUCAAAAUUUAUAUAAGUUUGUCAUUGUAGCAUCUCCAAAACAUCAGUCAUAAAAAGGAGGUCAAAAUUAUUUAAUUCAUGUAUAUUUGAAAGAUAAUUUUGUACUUACAAUACUAAUAAAAAAAUAACAUAAA